AUGGUGCAGGUCGUGGAGCAGGUCAUUGAACAGGUCGUGGAGCAGGUCAUGGUGCAGGUCGUGGAGUGGGUCAUGGUGCUGGUCGUGGAGUGGGUCAUGGUGCAGGUCGUGGAGCAGGUCAUUGAACAGGUCGUGGAGCAGGUCAUGGUGCAGGUCAUGGUGCUGGUCGUGGAGUGGGUCAUGGUGCUGGUCGUGGAGAGAGUCAUGGUGCAGGUCGUGGAGAGAGUCAUGGAGCUGGUCGUGGAGUGGGUCAUGGUGCAGGUCGUGGAGAGAGUCAUGGUGCAGGUCAUGGUGCAGGUCGUGGAGUGGGUCAUGGUGCAGGUCGUGGAGAGGGUCGUGGAGCAGUGUCAUGGUGUGGGACAUGGAGCGUCUCAUGGUGCGGGUCAUGGUGUGGGUCAUGGUGUGGGUCAUGGUGCGGGUCAUGGUGUGGGUCAUGGUGUGGGUCAUGGAGUGGGUCAUGGUGCAGGUCAUGGUGUGGGUCAUGGUGCGGGUCAUGGAGCGUGUCAUGGUGCGGGUCAUGGUGUGGGUCAUGGUGUGGGUCAUGGAGUGGGUCAUGGUGUGGGUCAUGGUGUGGGUCAUGGAGUGGGUCAUGGUGCAGGUCAUGGUGUGGGUCAUGGUGCGGGUCAUGGAGCGUGUCAUGGUGCGGGUCAUGGUGUGGGUCAUGGUGCGGGUCAUGGUGUGUGUCAUGGUGUGGGUCAUGGUGUGGGUCAUGGUGUGGGUCAUGGAGCGGGUCAUGGUGUGGGUCAUGGUGUGGGUCAUGGUGUGGGUCAUGGUGUGUCGGGUCAUGGUGUGGGUCAUGGUGUGGGUCAUGGUGCGGGUCAUGGUGUGGGUCAUGGUGUGGGUCAUGGUGUGGGUCAUGGUGUGUGUCAUGGAGCGGGUCAU